AUGGGGACGGUCAAGAAAACUUUGAAGUGUCCCGUUUGCCAGGAUUUUUUCACGGAUCCUGUGACCCUGCCUUGCGGACACCACUUCUGUCUCACCUGCAUCCAGGCCGUCUGGGAAACCGAUGGGUCGGAAGACGGUCCGUUCUUCUGUCCAGAGUGUCAAAUAUUCUUACCCGCUGAUCUCAAACUGGAAGUGAACACCAGCCUUCAGAUCAAAGUAAAGGACGUGGCAGAGACAACAGAGCUGUGGACACCAACCACGAGCAGAGCCACAGAAUCAGCCUCAACUAUCCACUGUGACCACUGCAUAGACACACCUUCGGUGGCCAUAAGGACCUGCCUGACCUGUGACGCCUCGCUGUGCCGUGCUCACGCCCUGCUGCACCAGCAGAGGUCUGCUCUGAGGGAGCACACUGUUGUGGAAGUGACGGGAGACCUGCUGUCUCUCAAGUGCAAGGAGCACCGUGAAGAGCUCAAGCUCUUCUGUAUGGAGGAGAGGGUCCCUAGCAUGUUAGAGACCACCAUGAACCAGAUGCUGAAGAGGAGAAAUGAAGCAGAACACGCCAUAAGGGACUUGGAGUCAUUGUAUACACAAACAGUGAAGUCUGCUGCCAAUUUCAGGGAGAGAAUCUCAGACAAGUACAGCCGCAUUCGCGUUGUACUGGAUGGUGAUGAGCGUCUGAUGAUGCAGAUCAUAGACGCAGAGGAGACGCACAUGACAGAGUGGCUGGAGGCCCAGAGGGGCAACAUGGAGGCUCAGAUCAAAGAGAUCGACAGCCUCAGAGCCUCCAGAAAAUCACUCCUCAAAGAAGAAAUUGAGCUGCGAUUCCUACAGGAGGUAGACAAAGACCUGUGUGACCUGGAGAAGCUGAGAACGGCCGAGAGGCUGGUGGAUGACCUCUCGGGGGCUCUUUCUCAACACUUCCCACGCACGUGGUCAUAUCUAAGUUCACCUGCUCUGGACUCCAAGUCAGCCCAUCCAAACCUGCAAAUAUCGCCGGACAGGAAACAAGUGUACUGGAGAAAGCAGCCUGUCGGUGAAGCUCUGAGACCUCAGCUAAACGACUUCCAGUACAGCGUCCUCGCUGAGGACAGUUUCACUGCUGGCAGUCCCUACUGGGAGGUCAUUGUACAGGAGAAACCUUACUGGCUAGUGGGUCUGACCACUGGGCCAGUUGGCAAAGGAGAGCCACCAAGUGAGAGCUGCUCCAGCCUGGGUGUGAACAACACAUCGUGGUGCAUUUACCACGGAGAUGGACAGUACCUGGCAUGCCAUGGCACAGAGGAGAAGCAGCUGUCAGUGGGGAAGAAAGUCCGAAAGCUGGGCAUUAUGGCGAACCUCCAGAAGGGAGAGCUGGCCUUCUACGACGCAGAUGCCAUGACCCUGCUCCACUCUUGUUGUGUGCAGUGCACCCUGCCUCUGUACCCCAUGUUAAACCCAUGCAUUGAUGUGAAUGGACGAAACACACAGCCGCUCACCAUGUUUUGGAUUAAAGACCCCUGGGAUUGGCAUGUGAACGCAGAAGGUGUCAAAAAGUGA